AUUUAUAGGAGUCCCCGCAAAACCCCCUUGUAGCCUUUUUCUACAUUUCUUCAUUGUUUUGGAUGAAUCAAUCCUUCCUGCUUGUGCAUACUUCACGCAACCCUUGAUAAAAGUAGCCAGAACGAUAUGACGGUUUGGAAACGUCCGAAUUGUUUCAUGUGUUUUUUUAAUACGGAGUGAACUUCAACGGCCUCGGAGAAGCAUACAGGUGAGAGGUCUUCGGAGGAUAAGUUCAGUUGAGUGGUCGCGACCAACCGAUGAUAAUGUUGCGUUCGCUGGAAACGUUGGCUGGUAAACUGUCCCCGAGUGGCAGCAGUUCCGUGGGUGGCGGUGGAGCAGGUGCUAGUGCUGGUGCUGUGCCUAAUAGUCAGGAUUGUGCUUCGCAAACUACUCUGGAUACCAAUGCCAACAGAGUUCAUCCCUACUUGAAGCAAGGAACUACUAACACCCCUCUCGCGAUGAACAACAACAACCACAACACGAACAAUAACAACAAUAAUAAUAAUAACAACAAUAACAACAACAACCUGCUGAAUAUUUCACAACAGAACAACGUUAAGAACAAUGAGCCACAGGAGCAGCCUGACAGUGAUACGAUAAAAAUGUUUGUCGGACAAGUGCCAAGGAGCAUGGACGAGAAUGACCUUAGGAGAAUGUUCGAGGAGUAUGGACGAGUUCAUUCGAUAAAUGUGCUGAGGGAUAAAGGCACCGGGGCCAGCAAAGGUUGUUGCUUCGUAACGUUUUUCACAAGAAAAGCGGCCCUUCAAGCUCAGGAUGCUUUACAUAACAUCAAAACGCUGAAUGGGAUGCACCACCCCAUUCAGAUGAAACCUGCCGACAGCGAGAAUAGAAACGAAAGGAAGCUCUUCGUGGGCAUGCUGAGCAAGAAGUUUUGUGAGAACGACGUUCGCGCGUUAUUUAGCGGCUACGGAGUUAUUGAAGAGUGCACUGUGCUGAGAGACCCAGUGGGUACGUCCCGCGGUUGUGCCUUCGUUACUUUCGCCAGUAAACAGUCAGCUCUAAGUGCCAUAAAAGCCUUACAUCAAUCCCAGACGAUGGAAGGAUGCUCAGCUCCACUAGUUGUCAAAUUCGCUGAUACCCAGAAGGAGAAGGAGUUAAAACGUCAACAACAACUGCAAGCCAAUGUUUGGAACGCCCUUGGUGCUCCAGCACUGACAGCACCCACUCAACCUUUCAGUCCUGUACUAGCAGGGGAUGCAGCCACUUUACAGCUGAUUCAUUCGAUGGGGGGUGCUACGUUGCUACAACAGCAACAGCAGUUACUAGCAGGUACAGAAAAUCUUCUGGGGCCGAUUGGUGCAAAUUUAGUGACAUUAGCGGCUAUGUCUCAACCAACUACUCCUCUUUGUAUGGGACUAUUAGGGAAAAGUGCGGGAAUAGAUAGAACUCUGGGUGCAACAGGUGCGGGAUUACAACCAGGACUUACGGCACCUGACCUGACUGCUUACGGAUCUUUGUUCGCCAACGCCACUCUCAAUGCUGCUGCUAUUGCGGCCGCUGGCAAACAAAUUGAAGGUCCAGAGGGCGCCAACCUUUUCAUCUAUCACCUACCACAGGAAUUCACUGACACGGACUUGGCGUCAACUUUUUUACCAUUCGGCUCUGUGAUAUCCGCCAAAGUGUUUAUAGAUAAGCAUACUAACCUGUCCAAGUGCUUUGGUUUCGUGUCAUUUGAUAAUGCGAACUCAGCUCAAAGCGCUAUUGCCGCUAUGAACGGCUUUCAGAUAGGUACAAAAAGACUUAAAGUUCAACUGAAAAGGGCCAAAGAUGCGUCAAGGCCCUACUAACCAAAGAGUUCUAGCUAGUUUUUCAAACCUACCAAAAAAUUCCCAAAGAACGGGAGACAGGGAGAUCAUUUCAAUUGUUACAAUUGGACCCCUGACAAACAAAUAAACCUGGCAACAUUGUGUUCUGAAGAUAAAAGUCACAUAUUUUCAACUCGGACCUUCCUGAAUAAAAAUAUUCAGUGAUUAUAUUGGUAUUAAUUCUAGUAACAAAGAACAUAGUGUAUUUUUUUAGGGGUAAAGUCAUGAAAUUUUCACGUUUUAUUGCCACAAAGGAUGCAGAUUCAUCCAAAAAUAGUGUCUCGCACAGAAUGAAAGUUAUGUCACUCUUACAUGUAUGGUAGGAAUCAUGUGGUUUUGUAUAAAUUUUUGGAAUGUUUUUUAUUUUUGUGUUUUAUUUUUGUUCGAUAGAUAUCGAAAACAUUGUAGGUAAUGUUGCUAAGUUUUGAUGAUUGUCGGUGAACACGAAUCUAUUUUCACAAAGUCUCCCUGCCUCCAGCACAGUGCCAGUGUUCGAGCCCAAACUCAGGAUAUCAAAAAAUAGCUGCUAAAAACGAACUGUGAGAUAUUUUUAAUAGUUAACUGUGGUCACGUGACUGCUCUCGAAAUGAAAUUAUGAUUUAGUACAAUGGAACCUGAAUGGAAAGGGGAUGUUUGAUUAAAGUGUUAUGUUUAUGUCAUGUUUUGGUUUCGAAAUUGGUAAUGGUUCUGUAAAAGAUUUGUGUUCGUGCUUGCAGGCGCGUUAAAAUCCUUUGUUGUUUAGUUCGUGUUAGGCCAUUAUAAAUGUGGUGAUUUUACCUUUUCUUUUCUUCGUUUAGUUGGAGUCAUCAUAAUUGAAAUAGUAUCUUUUAUUUAUAUGAGCAUGUAUUGAAUUGUACCUUUCAUUUUCUAUUGUUGAUUAAACCAAAGUUAGACCAA